AUACUUCAAACAAAAUAAUGGAGGCUCCACAGCAGAACUUGAAGACCACCUUGACAUUGUCUUUAGAAAGAUUUCACAUAUCUGAAGAUUAUGGCUUUCUCCUACCAAAUCCUCUGAAAGAACUUCCAGAUCAUUAUAAACCUUGGAUGGACAUUGCCAACAAACUUCCUCACUUGAUUGAGUGUCACCAACUCCGAGCUCACGUAAACAAGAUGCCUCUCCUGAACUGCCAUUUCUUAAAGAGUUAUCGGGAACAGCGUCUGGCCCACUUGGUCCUCAGCUGUAUUACCAUGGGCUAUGUUUGGCAAGAAGGAGAGACACAACCUGAACAGAUUCUGCCUAGGAAUCUUGCCUUACCCUUUGUGGAAGUCUCCAGGAGCUUGGGGCUCCCUCCCAUCUUGGUUCACUCAGACUUGGUGCUCACAAACUGGGCUCGACGAGAUCCAGAAGGUCCCCUGGAAAUCAGGAACCUGGACACGAUCAUUUCAUUUCCUGGCGGAGAGAGCCUGCGUGGUUUUGUGCUAGUGACGGUUUUGGUGGAGAAAGCAGCUGUGCCUGGGAUUAAGGCAAUUGUUCAAGCAGGGAGUGCCAUCCUGCAGCCCAACCAGGACUGUCUGCUCCGCGCACUGCAGCGACUGCGACUCUCCAUUCAGGACAUCGCCAGAGCCUUGGCACAGAUGCAUGAUUAUGUAGAUCCAGACAUAUUUUACGCAGUCAUCCGGAUCUUCCUCUCUGGAUGGAAAGAUAAUCCAGCAAUGCCUAUGGGGCUGAUAUAUGAAGGCGUUUCAAAAGAGCCCCUGGAAUACUCUGGAGGGAGCGCGGCUCAGAGCACAGUGCUGCAAGCCUUUGAUGAGUUCUUGGGCAUUUGCCAUAGCACGGAGAGUGCUGACUUUCUGCACCGCAUGAGAGACUACAUGCCUCCCUACCACAAGGCCUUCCUAGAAGAAAUCCACUCCGCUCCUUCGCUGAGAGAAUACAUCCUAUCCUCGGGAAAUAGCCAACUUUGUACAGCCUAUAACCAAUGUGUUGAGGCCCUAGCAAAGCUUCGAAGCUAUCACGUUGCUGUAGUGACCAAAUACCUUAUCUCAGCCACAGCUAAAGCAAAGGUCAGGAGGAAAAGCCAUCUCCCAGGGCCACCUCGAGCUUUAGAAGACAGAGGCACAGGCGGAACUGCGGUUCUGAGUUUCCUGAAAAGUGUCAGGGAUAAGACUUUAGAGUCAAUUCUCUACCAAAGUAGUUAAAAGACGGACCUUUUCCCCAGAGAAAAUAAAAGGAGGGAUUCCCUUACCCUGUCCCCCACUGAGGACAGUCAUCUAGAAAAUAAGGAUCAGGAUUCUGUUUGGAAUAAUCAAAAGGGGAACUCAUUACUGUUUAUGUGUCUGCUCUAUAGAGCAUCGUAUUCUCCUGUGUUGAAGGCUGGUAGUGAGAACCCUACUCAUUCAGAACCCCACAGAGAAGUGAGUCGACUCUAUUCUGUUAACACAGAAAUAUAAAAUCAAAAGGAAUUUCAAAAGGAAAUAAAAUUACCUUUGUCUAGA